AUGGAUAACCAGACCAGGAAUAACCACUUUACCUUCGACUUUACCACUCCUGCCAGUGAUCUAGCCUCGCAACUCCCCACUCCACCUCCAAGAAACAUCCAUCUCAAACCCACUACUCCCCGCCUCCAACUUCUCUCUCCAUUCUAUUCCGGCGUCAUCCCAGCCGAAAUACGCUCCCUGAUUUUCUCCUACGUUCUCACUCCCACUCCAAUCCCAAACACAGACUACGACCCCAACACCAAUUACGCACGCCCAGGCUUCACAUGCCGCACAAAACUGCACCUCUCCCUCCUCCGAACAUGUCGACGCAUCUACCUCGAAACCUACCACCUCCCCUCGACAUCCAUCCCCCACGUAUUCUGGCACGCGCGACAUCCCCCCUCCGCUAAGCCUCCCCGCAGCGAACACUCCUAUUUCCCCCGGCUCCCAGACUACCAGCUCGCGCUCCUCAGAUCCAUCCAUCUCCACACCCAACUCUACUGGCUCCAAGAUUUCCUCCGUCCCCUCACUUCCGCACACUAUCUCCAAAACAUCACCCAUCUCAAACUCACCAUCCGAAGAGGCGACUGGUGGUGGAAUGAGCGAAACGAAGCUCUAGCCAUCAAUCCCUACCGCGGCAAUGCCGAUCUCGCCAGCAUGCGCGGAGACAUGGAGCGCUCGCGCCGCGGCGAGGCGCCCGCCUGGCAAGCUGGGAAAUGGGGCGCGUCGCUUGCGGGAUUCCCGCAGCUCGAGGUGCUAGAGAUGGAGUUUGAGACGAGCGAGGAGAAGAGAGAGGAGUUGAAAAUGAUUGUGGAGUGGGCCCGGACGUGGGAAUUUCCGAUGGGAAAAAGAGGUGUCUUGAGUACGCGUAAAUAUACAAAUGCGCGUGCGGGGGAUGAAGCUGCAAAGGGGAAGAAUGGGGAUAAGUGUCGGGAAAGAAAAGAUUUGAUGGAGAGGGGAGAAGGUCCUAUGUUGGUUGUUAUGGAGUUGAAAUGGAAAUUAAGAGGUCAUCCAGUGGGUGAAGAGAGCAAUGGAUUGGUUGAAGAAGAGGACGAUGACCAAAUGGUGGAUUUGGAUGAGAGUAGUGAUGAUGACGACGAGAUGGACUGGGGAGAGGAGGAUGAGGAUUAA